AUGGAGUCAUUUGGUCGAUCACAUCUUGAUUCCAACCGUUCCUCAUAUCCAUCCUCCUCCACGAACACUCCCUUCCGACUCGAUGAAGGCUUCUCAGAAGAUACAGCCAGCCAAGACGAAAAUGGGCGCAACAUGUUUGAUGCCACGGCAGCACAAUUUCAGGAAUGGGUUAUGGCUCAGAACGAAGAAUCGCGGGCAGAGAUCGCCUACGAAGUCCUCCGAACGCUUCGAACCUCCAGAGUUGCGGCAGUUGUAGACCGGCUGACUCCUCUGCUCCAUAUGGAUCCCUUGGAAAAGCUACCUCCCGAGAUCACCUCUGAGAUCUUCUCCUACCUCGACGCUCAUACUCUGUUAACAGCGUCGCUUGCAUCCCACACUUGGCGCGCAAGAAUCAUGGAUUCCAUGCUUUGGCAAGACUUGUACAAAGGCCAGGGAUGGGGGCUCAAUAUGACGGAAAUCAAGCAGUUCGAGGCUCCGCACACGACUGGGGCCCGAUAUGAGUCCAAGAAAUCACGGGGUCAAGUUUUCGGUCAGCCACAGUCCAAGAAGCGUGUAACAUCAGAUUGGAUGCAGUCAAGAGUCCGCAAAGGCUCGGCCGAUGUGGCUCAUUGGCGUGAACAGCAUGGUGUUGUCGAGGCAGAUACAGACAUGCAGUCUGAGUCGGAUGACCAGGAGAUGCAAGAUGCUCCACCUACCAGUUUCAGGAACCCUCUCCGUCGCCCAAACAAACGGCACAGUCAGGAUUCGGGGGAUGAGAUGGAUUACAGCUCUUCAGAGACGACAGAUGAACCAGUUCAACGAAAAGAGCGUCUAGGACAAUCUCUCGAGCCACCUUUCAAAUCCCGGUUGGCAAUACAAGAUCCCCGUGGCGGAGAACGGCUCAACUGGCUCCACCUCUAUAAACAGCGCCAGAAGCUAGAGCAGAAUUGGUUGAAGGGUCGGUUUACGACGUUUCAGCUUCCUCACCCAGCCCAUCCAAACGAAGCGCACACAGAAUGUGUGUACACAAUCCAAUUCUUCGGAAAGUGGCUGGUGAGCGGCAGUCGUGACAAGACGUUGCGAGUCUGGGAUUUAGACACCCGACGUUUACGCGGGAAGCCGCUUGCGGGUCAUUCACAAUCGGUCCUGUGUCUGCAGUUCGAUCCCACCGAAGAUGAAGACGUUAUCAUAUCGGGAAGCAGUGAUGCAAGCGUGAUCGUGUGGCGGUUCUCCACCGGACAAAAGAUCCACGAGAUUCCGUCCGCCCACGAGGAGUCAGUGCUGAACCUUCGGUUUGAUAAACGAUAUCUCAUCACUUGCUCAAAAGACAGACGCAUCAAGAUAUGGAACCGUCGUCCUCUGACUGCUGCAGACCGGGACUAUCCCAAGAUCAGCCGGGACAGUACAGCACGCGUACCUUCCUACAUCGUCGACACGAAUGAUAUCGAACCAUCACUGCUGGAAGCAAGGAUCGCUAAUGGCGCCAUCCGAGCCCUGAAGCCAUACAUGCUUCUAUUGACUCUAGUGGGUCAUAGUGCUGCCGUCAAUGCCAUUCAAAUCCAUGGGGAUCUCAUCGUUUCUGCAUCUGGCGAUAGGCUCAUCAAGGUAUGGAACGCGAGGGACGGAAAGCUCUUGAGGACAUUGCAAGGACAUGCCAAAGGCAUUGCAUGCGUGCAAUUUGACAGCAAGCGCAUUGUUAGUGGUAGCAGUGAUAAUACCGUCAGGAUCUAUGAUCCUUACACCAGCGCAGAGGUUGCAGAGCUGAAAGGACAUACCAACCUUGUCCGCACUGUUCAGGCUGGAUUUGGUGAUAUGCCGGGAGCAGAUGAGGAGUACAAUUACAAAGCCAGGGAAGCCGAAAGGAAGUACCUUGAAGAUGUUGCGAACGGCCUGAUCGUCGAAAACAGACAAUAUAGCCGCGAGAUCCGAAACGGUGAGCAUGGAACCUCGCGCCUUGCAUUGGGCGCAAAACUACCGCCCGGAGGCGGUGGCAGCAAAUGGGGCCGGAUCGUAUCUGGUUCCUACGAUGAGUCGAUCAUCAUAUGGCGGAAGAACUCUGAUGGCGACUGGGUCAUCGGACAAGUGCUACGCCAUGAGCCUGCUGCCCGGGAGGCCGUCGCGGGCACGAGGCAGCGUCCCGCCCAACAACCUGCUGCUCAAAAUGUUCCGCAACCGGCAACAAACCACCCUCUUGUUGCUCCAGGCCAAACAGCCCAAGGCCACCCAUCCUCCAUCAACCAAGGUCCUGCCGGAGCUGCUCAUCCGUUAGCCAUGUCUGCGUCGCAAAUCGUCCAACAGGCCGUGGGCACAUCUAUUGCCAGUCUUGGGGCUGGGAUUUCCAAUGUCAUGGGCAUCAGCAGGGUCCUUAAUGCCCCUCAAAUUGCGCAUCAAACAACUCCCAAUCGGACAACGCAAAGCUUCAACUCAAGCCUGACAGCCAGCGGCAGCUCGCAGGUUCUAUCCCAAGCUGCUAUGGCCCACACGCAGAAUGCCGUGAAUCAGGCCGUGCAGCAGGCUCUGGCCCAGGCCGGACAGGUUCGAAUAUCCGGACACCCUCCGGCUAGAACACAAAUGCUGAAUGCGGGACAACAGCAACCCCUUCAUCAUGCUCCUGGUCCCAACAAUGCUGCAAGCAACAGUAACCAUCAUGGUGAUGGUCAUGCUCCUCCUCCUCCUCCACAUCAGCAAAAUGCACUGCCGCAUCAUCCGCCGAAUCCUCAGCCUCAAGCCCCGGAUGCCCAACAUCCGCAGCAACAGCCGCAGCCGCAACCAGCGGUUCAGGGGCACUCCCAGCAGUCGCAGCACCACACUCCGGGUUCUCGCGUUUUCAAGCUCCAAUUCGACACAAGACGCAUCGUCUCGUGCUCACAGGAUACUCGAAUUAUUGGGUGGGAUUUUGCCAAUGGAGAUCCGGAGAUUAUGGAGGCUUGUAGAUUCUUCCUCGGGCCUUAA